AUGAAUCAAUUAAGUGUGUUUUCUGCAUCACGUUAUCAAAAACAUGAUGAUUCUUGUGAAGUUUGUUUCGACGCAAAGCCUACUGAUAUUAUAUUAAUUACUUGUACACAUCGACAAAAUUUUUGUGAGACAUGUAUGCGAUCAUGGUUCAAAUCAGGAAAAUUUACUUGCCCUAAAUGUCGAACAUUUUGGCCAGUAAAAGAUUAUUUGGAAAAAACAAAUCAAAGUACAGCUAAUAUUGCUAAUGUAUCACUUAAACUGAAAUAUCCAACAUCAUCUACUGCGAACGUUCCUCCUCCAACACCAUUAACAGCUGGUGAUUUAAUGCAUAGUGCUGUAAUGUGUUCUUCAAUUGGACUACUUAUUUGUUUAAUAGUAUAUCCAGCUCUUAAGUAG